GUUCAAAUCAAGAAGCCGAGAGUGCCCGAGUUCUAGACGUGCUUGGUGAAUGGCAUUCCAGCACCGAGGGGGUGUAGCCACGAAGUAGCCAUAUUGAAUGAAUUGAGCCGUUCCCUCAGUCAACCCCAGUUCCGAUGAAGAUAGGUCCUCACAGAUUCUCUCCGUACUCCUUGCACGAUGGCGGCUACGGACAUUGACAUUUUCACUAAUGAAGAGAAGAGGAAGCUGGAGUUGGGUGGCCAUGUUGGGUUCGACAGCCUACCUGAUCAACUGGUCAGCAAGUUCGUCACACAGGGCUUCUGCUUCAACAUCCUCUGUGUGGGGGAGACGGGGAUUGGAAAGUCCACUCUGAUGAACACCCUCUUCAACACAGCAUUUGAUAAUGAGGAGGCCAGCCACUACCAAGAUGACGUCCACCUGUGUCCAAAAACCUACGACCUGCACGAGAGCAGCGUCCACCUGAAGCUGACCGUGGUGGACAGCGUGGGCUUUGGGGACCAGAUCAACAAGGAGCAGAGCUACAAGCCUGUUGUGGAUUACAUCGACACGCAGUUUGAGAACUACCUUCAGGAGGAACUGAAGAUCAAGCGUUCCCUCUUCAACUACCACGACAGCAGGAUUCAUAUCUGCUUGUACUUCAUUGCCCCCACCGGACAUUCCCUCAAAUCUCUGGACCUGGUCACUAUGAAGAAGCUGGACAGCAAGGUGAACAUAAUUCCCAUCAUCGCCAAGGCAGACACGAUAUCGAAGAGCGAGCUGCACAAGUUCAAGAUUAAGAUCAUGAGUGAACUAGUGAGCAACGGGGUGCAGAUCUACCAGUUCCCCACGGAGGAUGAUGCCGUGACGGAGAUCAACUCCUCCAUGAACGCCCACCUGCCAUUUGCAGUGGUGGGGAGCACCGAGGAGGUGAAGGUGGGGAACAAGAUGGUGCGGGCCAGACUCUACCCUUGGGGCACCGUGCAGGUUGAGAACGAGAGCCACUGUGACUUUGUGAAGCUGAGGGAGAUGCUGCUGCGGGUGAACAUGGAGGACCUAAGAGAGCAGACACACACUCGCCACUACGAGCUCUACCGACGCUGCAAGCUGGAGGAGAUGGGCUUCAAGGACGCGGACACAGACAGCCAACCCUUCAGCCUCCAGGAGACAUAUGAAACAAAGAGAAGGGAGUUCCUGGGAGAGCUGCAGCACAAGGAGGAGGAGAUGAGGCAGAUGUUCGUUAACAAGGUGAAGGAGACCGAGGUGGAGCUGAAAGAGAAGGAGAGAGAGCUCCAUGAGCGGUUUGAGCAGCUGAAGAGGAUGCACCAGGAGGAGAAGAGGAACCUGGAGGAGAAAAGGAGAGACCUGGAAGAGGAGAUGAACGCCUUCAACAGGAGGAAGGUGGCAGCAGAGGCGCUGAUGGGACAAGCCCUGCAAGGAUCCUCUCAACCCUUCAAGAAGGAUAAGGACAAGAAGAAUUGAUUCAUGGAACUGACAUCCAGGGAAACCAGGGUUUUGUGCUCCAUCAUCAUGGGAACUAUUGACUGUUGUAAUUGACUACUGACUUGUAUGCAUGGACUCAGUGACACUGUGACACCAGUGUGUGUGUGUGUGUGUGUGUGUGUGUGUGUGUGUGUGUGUGUGUGUGUGUGUGUGUGUGUGUGUGUGUGUGUGUGUGUGUGUGUGUGUGUGUGAUGUGGCGCCCCUAAUCCACUUGUGUUCUUAUGGAUCAGAAGGCGUCUAAGCUCAGUGGACUUGGUGUGUCUCGAAUGCUGACUCUGCUAGAUGUGUGAAAACACGACUGGGGGUUCUGUUGCGAUAACUAGGCUUAUGUUGUUUCAUGAUCCUCAAAUCGUUUCCAUCCUGUUGAGCACUUUUAACCCUGUGUUCCCAGGGAUGUGUCGAGCUCUGGUGUAAUGAUGUAAUUCACGCAUGUAUGAGUGUGUGUGUUAAAGUACUGUCUUAACAUGGAAUUAUACAUUUGUGUAUUUAUACAUGCAAAUGUUUGUGAAGCUACAUAACUAAAUAUGACUAGUCUGUUAAUCAACAACAUUAAUUACUCCAGUGCUGUCUUAUAUUAAUACAGUUCCUAUGAGUAUAAAUACAAUAUCUAUAUCUAAAAGAUUCUGAUAGUUUUUCAAAAUAAAAAGUUGCUUAUGAAGCGGAAUAGAUCAUGUAUGUAGAAUAUAUGAGAUAUCAAUCCAUGCAUGGAUCCAAAGUGAGAGUUUGUGUUUAGGUAGUUAGUGUCUGAUGUUUCAGGCACUCUGGUCGGUCCUGUCACAGUGGAACAGUG